AUGGGCAGACUGUUGCUGUGGAUUGGCCUGGUUCUUGUGCUGAAACAGCACGAUGGCGCUGCCUACAAACUGGUGUGUUAUUUCACCAGCUGGGCACAGGGUCGCGCCAGCCCUGCCUCCGUCUUGCCCCAGGACCUGGACCCCUUUCUCUGCACCCACCUGAUAUUUGCCUUUGCCUCAAUGAACAACAAUCAGAUUGUUGCUAAGGAUCCCCAGGAUGAGAAAACUACGUAUGCAGAGUUCAACAAACUCAAGCAGAGGAACGCGGAGCUGAGAACACUGCUGUCCAUUGGUGGGUGGAAUUUCGGCACUACCAGGUUCACCACUAUGCUGUCCACAUUAUCCAACCGGGGAAGGUUUAUUGGUUCGGUUAUAUCCCUCCUGAGGAGACAUAAGUUUGACGGUCUGGACCUCUUCUUCUUGUACCCUGGACUGAGAGGCAGCCCCAAGAGUGACCGGUGGACUUUCCUCCUCUUACUUGAAGAGCUCCUGUUUGCCUUCCGGCAGGAGGCGAUGCUCACGGCGCGUCCCAGGCUGCUGCUCUCUGCCGCCGUCUCUGGGGACCCACAGAUCAUCCGGACGGCUUAUGACGUGCGCCCUCUAGGAGGACUCCUGGAUUUCAUCAAUGUCUUGUCUUAUGACUUUCAUGGAAGCUGGGAAAAGCUCACAGGGCACAACAGCCCCCUGUACUCUCUGUCUGGAGACCCCAGCUCUUCGGCGUACACCAUGAAUUACUGGCGAAAGCUGGGGGCGCCCCCAGAGAAGCUCCUCAUGGGCUUCCCCACCUAUGGGCGUACCUUUCGCCUCCUUAAAGCCUCCAAGAAUGGACUGCAGGCUGAAGCCGUGGGACCUGCAUCUCCAGGAAAGUACACCAAGCAGUCUGGCUUCCUGGCUUAUUAUGAGGUUUGCUCCUUUCUCCAGAGAGCGACAAAGCACUGGAUUGAUUUUCAGCAUGUCCCCUACGCCUACAAGGGGAAGGAGUGGGUUGGCUAUGAUAAUGCCAUCAGCUUCAGUCACAAGGCAAUGUUCAUAAAGAGAGAGAAUUUUGGGGGAGCCAUGGUGUGGACAUUGGACCUGGAUGACACCAAGGGUGCUUUCUGUGGCACUGGCCCUUUCCCCCUUGUCAGCAAGUUGAAUAGUCUCCUGGUACAGAAUGAGUCCAGCUCAACUCCUUCACCAAAAGUUUGGUUCUCAACUGCUAUGAAUUCUCCAAGAACUGGCCCUGAAAGGCCAGCUAUAACCAAAGCUUGGACCGCUGAUAUGAGGAUUUCAUUCCCAGGAGGAAAGUCUCUGGCCACUAAUACCCAUGGAAAGUUUCAAAAUAUGACUACAAGAAACAGAGGUGGGACUGUGACCCCUACAAGGGAAACUGAGUCCUUUGGAAAUUUCACUGUAGCUCUGGAAGGGAGGAUUGAGACCGUUGGAGAAACCAUGACCAGUGGAGAGACGACUAUGAUUCCUAAUUAUUUUUGGACCUCUGGAAGAACCAUGCCCCGUGGAAAGAGGGCUAUAGACUCUGAGAUGAUGACUAUCCCCUCUGGAAAGAUGACAGUCACUCCUGAUAGGCAGACCAAGACCCUUAGAGAAGAGAAUUUUAUUUCUGAGGUGGACACUGACCCCCUGUUGGAUUAUGUUGUUCCUCACAUGGAAGCUGAAAGCAGGAGGUCAUCCUCUGGUCCUGUCAUAGCCCCAGGACACAUUCCUCUUGCUUUUGACAAUCCCUGUAUUCAUUAUGGAAACAAUUCCUCUGUCAACCUGAUGACCCUUCCAACAAGUGCUCUCUCUCUAAAAAAAGAAAACCCAGAAAAUUCUGCUGUGGGUCAAGGAGCCUAAGCUCUGUUGAAGGCAGAAGCUGGGAAAAGCCCUUGUCUUUUCUUGUAGGGAGCUGCUUUUACCCAGACAUUCAUAAACCCUUCAUGGGUAUGAGCAGACCCCAACAUCAGUGAGAUCAUCUCUUUUCUGUUGAAUAAACUGGAAACACA